AUGUUUACGCCCAGCGACAAAGUCGACAAAGCGUCGAUUAACCUGGAGCAAGAGGAUGCGAGAUUGAGGAAACUCGGCGUUCGCCGGGAGCUGAAGCGAGAGUUUACCAAGUUCAGCACGCUCAGCUUUGCACUCGGCAUCCUAGGAUGCUCUGCUAGUAUAGCAUCUACGUUUAAUACUCCCCUAUUGCUCGGAGGACCGGGAACCGCAAUAUGGGCGUGGUUUCUGGGAUCCUUCGGUUGUAUGGCAAUCGCAGCAUCUGUAGCUGAGCUCGUGUCUGCCUAUCCGACCGCCGGAGGGAUAUAUACUAGCACAGCCUUUGUCGUACCUUCCAAGUACCGACGAAGUACCACGUUCGUAGCAGCAUGGAUGACAGUGGUCGGACAGCUUGCUACUCCAGCUUCCGUCACAUUUGCGUUGUCACAGAUGAUAUUCGCUGCUGUUACUAUUGGUACGGAUGGGACAUUUACGGCCUCUACCGGCCAGGUAUUGGGCCUAUACGUCGGGCUCAACUUCGCUUUGGGCAUUCUGAACAGCCUGCCUACGAAGACGUUGCACCGGAUAGCAUCCUUUUAUGUCUACGUGAAUCUCUUCACUACGUUGGCCGUCAUCAUAGCCAUCCCUGCUGCGGGCCGAGGUAACCUGGCAAGCCACAAAUUUGUAUGGAACACCGUAGAAGAUGGAUCGGGCUGGGGUAGCACAGGAUUUGCCUUCUUGCUAGGUAUCCUGAGCGUGCAAUGGACGGAUUAUGAUGCUGCAGCACAUUUGUCUGAAGAAGUCAAGAACGCUGCGGUAGCCACGCCGGCUGCUAUCGUCUCCGCAGGUUUGUUUCUGACGUCCAUAUUUGGAUUCUUCGUGAACGUGUCUCUUUGCUACGGCGUUCGGGAUCUCUCCACCCUACCUGGCCCUACUCAACUUGUUUUUGCUCAGAUCCUAUGGGAUAACCUGGGGAAACGGGGUGCUCUGGCCCUGUGGUCGUUUGUCAUCAUCCUGCAAACCAUAACAGCAGCUACAUGCCAGCUGGCAUGUAUCAGAAGCAUAUACGCGAUUUCCAGAGAUAAUGCCCUACCCGAUGGACGUCUGUUCGCAAAGGUAUGGCGAGUGACGGCGACACCGGUGAACGCCGUCAUCUGCACCGUAGUAGUGGAGUGUCUCUUUGGCCUGCUAUCUCUAGCGUCCCUUGUAGCGAUCAACGCAGUCUUUAGUAUCACUGCAGUAGCCCUUGACCUCUCCUAUGCUAUCCCUAUCGUCGCAAAGCUGUACAUUCGGCUCUUCGACACAGACACGGAAUUCACACCAGGGCCAUUCUAUCUUGGCAAAUGGGGCUAUGCCGUUAAUGUUUAUGCGGUAGUGUGGACAUUACUCGAGACAGGCAUCCUCAUCAUGCCACAAGUGUAUCCUGUUACGCCGGCUACCAUGAACUACGCUGGGCCUAUAAUGGGUGGCAUCUGCGGCCUGUCAUGGCUUUGGUACAUGGCCUUCUGGCAUCGCCGAUAUUACGGACCUGGGUCCCCAGAAAAGCUGGGCCACGGUAGUACGCGGUCACCGUCGCUGGAAGAGGCAAAGGAGAAAGGAGUUGCACAAAGCAUGGUUCGUGCGGUCGAUGGGCCUGGGGUUUAAAUUCUGGGAAUGCCUCAGAUCUUCAAGUUGUGACAUUGUCAAUGCGGCCGAGGAUGCUUUGUGUACACAGGGAUGUAACAUAUUCAGCUACGAAUGCUGCCGAGGAGCCACCGUGGCAUUCUUUGUACUGGGUUCAUUCUUCUGCUGCACAUAGAAUGUUGUCUUGCCACUAGUGCUUGAUUGGUUC